AUGGAUCUUCAGUCUCCAUCCAUUCUGGCACAAUUGCCUCGCCCCCUUCAUGCUUCCACGGGCAAGACCCGUAUCGGCGAUGUCUACAGUCUUACCGAUGCCAAAAAGCGCAAGCGUUAUGAAGUCGCUGUCGCUGUCGAUGGAGAGGCCGUGAACAUCUACAACGUGCAAACGCCUAAGCUCGUGACCUCGUACGCCGUGCCGCCUCAGUCCACUUUCGCCUGCCGGCCAUGCUCUGUGCGCCGCAAGCUUUCUAGCAAAUCGAUCGUGAAAAGACAGACAUAUACCGCCACGACCAAGCCCGAACAUCAGAUCAGGUGUUUUGUGGAGGAGAUUGGCAAUGGCUCGAGCGCGCCAGUGAUCACCUCGUCGACCACUACCAUCACAGACUCCAGCAGCCCCACAACUUUCGUGGGAAUAAUCCCUUUCAACACCGAGGAUGAUAACCAAUCCGAUUCGUUCGAUAUUCUUGCUGUUCACCAGGAUGGCCGCACGCGCCGGCUGUCGUCGGAUUUGAAAACUCAACACUGGAGUAUCCAGCACGGUGAGAUUGCCAAAGUGUGCUCCUCGCACUUUGUGCACUCAUGUUUUUUGAUCGACCUCGAGGACGCCAAAAAGUCUUUGUUCAAGAGGCGUCAGGAUUUGGCUGCUCUCGCCCUGGGCGACUCAACGACCUCCAACACCGACGAACCUUCAAUCCUACUUGUUGUCUCCCAUCCAAAAAAGUCCGACCAGAUCACAUUGAACGAUGUUACCGUGCAAAUGUUUUCUGUUCCCGCAAAUUCGAAGUCGGGCUCUUUGGAAGAAAGUCAGCGCCUUCGACAUCUGCAAACCAUUCAGGUUCCGGCGCCUAGCGGCCUCGGUAAGGUUGAUGGGAAGGAACUUCAGUGGAACUUCCAUGCUGGCUCUGGCGGUCUUCAACUUUCGUUUGAGAAGGGAUUCGUGAAUGUGGAUCUCUCGCAGUACUCUCCCUCGGUGACUUCUCAAUUUGUUCUCGACGAUAAAUUUUCAUCCGUUAUGCGCGUCUCGCCACAAUGUGUGAUUGGGGCGAGUGAGUCUCUUGUUGCAGUCUACGACACUCAGUAUCAAUCUGUUCAGCGAAGCAUUGCGGCUGCCGAUGUUCUGUCGGGCAGUGGAUCGAGCACGGAUGAGCCUACGGUCUUCGUCAGCUAUUUCGCGAAGCUCGGAAUUGCCGUUGCGGCCAAGGGCAACACCCUUAUCGCAUUCGAUUUGACCUCACUGCACAGUCACUCGGGUCCUUCUCUCAAGCGAUCGCGUGAUGGUUUGCUUAUUGAUGCGAUUGGACGAGGCAUUGGUUCAUCUGCUGCCCAGUGGGACACGGCAUCCAAAAAGCAUCGCUCAGAGAAUAUGACAUCCCUGCACCUCACAUCUCCGGAGCAGGUCGAGAAGUGGAAUCAAUUGACGAAGGAUGUGAAUGAAGCAGCAAAAUCCAAAAACUGCGCGAAAUUCGACAAGGCAGUCAAGCAAUACUUUGGUGUUUCUGGCGAUUCCACCAAGCUGCCGGAACGAGGACAAUACGUCAACCCAGAAUCUACACUUUUCCUGCUGUCCAAGAUCUUUGCAAUUGAAGACUCUCCUGUUGAAGACAAUGUGUCAGCAUCUUCACCCUCUCAGCUACGCAUUGUUUUGUGGCCCACUGUUACGUGCAAUUGGCUUGUGCGCCUGGGCCACCUCUCACCGGACAACGUGGAAAUUGCUCUGCGUCGUUCAUGCAAGCCACGCAUUCUCCAGUCGCUUCCGACCAGCUUCUUUGUCCAGGCUCUGAUCGACUCUGAUCCGUCCUUGAAACAGGUCAACCAGGUCCUCAGUGGACCUGCUGUCAUUGCUUCAGAUGGGCUUGCCUACGCCUUGAGAUAUUUCCUCAGUCAGGCCCGUCUGCACUCCGGUGCACUGGAAGAGACUGCACGAGCCAUUACCAAUGGCGACGUAGCCACCCCUACCCAGGAACUCACUCGACACCUUGGAGCCGAAGAGACGGCUCUGAAGGAUAUCUUCUUGGGAUUGAACAAUACCCUCCAGAAGAUCCAUUCGCAUCCUUUGGCGUCUGUUGUCCAAUCCCUUCGUUCAAAUCUGUCCCGGACGGAGCUUCUUUCCAUGGUCCACCACCUCCGUCUUUCUCUCGCUACCGGCGGCUACACCUCCCGUUUCACCGAAAACCCCCCAACUCCCAUUACUCUCGAUCAAAUCACACCUCCUCUUUCCCUUAAUACCAUCAUCGAUUUGAUCACUGCUUCGGUGGAUGCCGUCGGCCCAUCCGGCUGGAUUUCGGCCCUCCCGCCGGUGAACAGCCUCGACGAUGAGUCGGACGAGGCCAUUGCAUCGGCCAGUCGCGAAAUGGAGCUCAUAGCCGAUAUGAAGUCUGAAGUGUCCGCGGCUCUUGCCGGUGUGGAAGAGGCCACCUACCUUAGGGGUAUUCUGCGUGAAUACCUCAGCUUCGCCGACCAAGUCGCAACCCCUGCCAAAUCCUCCCGUGCUCUCGCACAGUCGGAUCGCGAAGCAGCUUCCCGGUCCCAGAACGUCCGCUAUGAGAAGCUCAACGGUGCUGAACUCGUGAUCUUCAAUCUUCCCGGUGAGGGUGAUGAUGGCUAUGAUGGCGAUGCCAGUGGCAAGAUGCUGCCGCUGUCGCUGAAGCCCGCCUCGACGGAUGUCUCGCGCACCAAGGUCAAGAAGACUACAGGUGAGGCUAAGGCUCGCACCAGCCGUGAGAUUGGAUAUCUCCGUCGCAAGGCAGUUGGCCAGUACUCUUUUGAGAGGCUACUUGUCUAA